CCUACGUAAUACAGUCGAGGGAAAGAAGAGAGUAACUGAUUCGCCCUAGGUUCGCCAAUUCGUCGCAUACCAACACGAGUGCUGCCAUCUGUGACCGCAAGCCGCGCCAUAUCCGAUAAAAGGACCGAUGCACGAGAGGGAACGGCGCGGGUUUAGUUGGAAACUUGGAACAGACUAACAGGGACACGAAAGGAAAAUAUGAUGGAUGACCAGUCGGGCGACGACGAAAUAUUAAAUGUUGUAGAGGACGAUGCGAUUGUUGGAAAUCAGAAGAAGCACAAGAAACACAAACAUAAGAAGCACAAGAAACGGCAGGAGAAAUUCGACAGAGAUGAGGACGAUGACUCACCCGAACUUUCGUCGCCUUCUAAACCAGCUUUGAAAUUAAAGAUUAAGAUUGGAGGGGAGACGUUUGGUGAAAAAAGUGUUUCAAUAGAUGCUGUUUCCAAGGACAAAAUAAAACCAUCGAAAAGACAGGAGAAAGCUGAAAAAGCCAAAGAGCAACCGUGGUUAAUAUCAGAAGAUAAACCGAAGGGAGGCAAGAAGGGCGAUGCGAGCGUAAAGGUGGAGGACAGUGAUGAGGAGGAGCGAUGGCUGGACGCGCUGGAGGCGGGAGAUCUGGACGACAUGGGGGAGCUGAAGCGUGAUCGCAACACAUCCCUGAUGACCGCGCGUCAGAGGUCGCUGCUUGAUAGGCAGGAAGAUAUGUUACGUCGAGAGCAGGAAGAGCUGCUCAUUCCGAUAGAUCUGGAGCCUGUGGUUGUCACUCCGGAGCAACUUGAGCAGCGCAAGCAGAAGUCGCUGAAGAGAAAGGAGAUGGCGAUCGAGAAGAAGGAGAAAGAAAAGAAAAAUACUGUCAACAGACUGCUGUAUAAACAGGAUAGCAAGAGAGGCGGACGAGGCAAGGCGUCCAGCAAGACCACAUCGCUCGUGUCCUACAGGAAGACGCUGGACGGGAUAACGCUGUCGUUUCCCGCCGGAAUGGAGUUUCCUCUUCGGGCUCAGCGAACCACGCCGCCGCCGCCGGCCCGGGUCUGCGGGGUGGAUGGCUGCGAGAAUGUAAGAAAGUACUCGUGUCCUCGCACAGGCAUGUCACUCUGCAGCCUGCAGUGCUACAAGAAGAACCUGCGACGUCACUGCAACAGCGGGGAGUCCGUAACGCUAUAGCGUCCAUCAGAAUGAGGCCACAAUUAAAAAAUUCUUGUUUGUCCUCACCCGACCCAGGCUGAAAAGUUUGGGUAGGUAGGUUGGCUUUUUUUGGGGGCGGGGGCCUUACAAAUUCAGCACGGUGUCUACAUGCUCAGGUGUGCUUGUGUGGAGAUACUUUUUAUGUUGAAUGUUUGUUUUGCUUGGUACAUAUAAU